CUUAUUAAAAACUGCUGUCUUUCCGUAAGUGUCUGUUUACUCUUCUUGGUAAGGACAUUAAUUAUUCCAUAUUGUUUUAUAUCAGUGGUAUUUAUAAUUUUGGAUGAUCAAGUCGCUAAACAUUAUUGAUAUGAUAUUGUGUGCGUAUGCUGCAACUACUUGUAUCUAAAAAUAACGAUGAAAUAAUGGUUAUUCCCCAAACGAUGCAUAAAAGCCCGUUAUAAUUAAAGAUCGACGUAGUUAUUCAAAAGGGUGAUGAGAUUGAACAUACUUGGAUUGUUACUUCGAUCAUGGACACCAAAACACAAUAUUCUGCGAAAUUCGCGGAAGAGAAAAGAUUUGGUAAUGGAGAAAUCAGCGCCUUGUUAUUACUGUGUGAUUUUGUUUUGAUAAUCAAUAGGAAAAGACACCGUCUUGUGAUACUAAGCAAGGAAAUGGAAGAGAAAGCGGAAUUCACUUUCUCGCUGACGCAAAGAGGACUGUUUGGUUCACUGGAUGAUAUGGCAAAAGUGUCGCAAUCAAGGUUUGCAGUGCUGUGUACUGGACGUUUUAGUGCCAGUAAGUGCUGGAUAUACGAUCUGACAGAUGACCAAGGAUCUAUCGAAUUGCCAAUGGUCAAAGAAAUAUCGCUGGAGAGAGGAUGCACGAGUAUUUGUUUUCAACGGGAAUCGUUUUUCGCUUCGUUUUCACCACUCUUUGGCAGUCAUGGUUAUAUCAGGCAAAUGAAUCAUCAUGGAUCGAACAUCAGAAAAUUUAAGAAUGAUGAAGUCAAUGAAAGUCUCUUCGGCAAAAAUGUUCUGAUUCUACAUGUGGACUCGGAGUUAAUUAUGUAUGUUUGCGACGUGGAACGAAAAGAAUUACAAGUGUUAAAAAAGGACAAUGAAUGUGAACUUCUUACAAAAGAAACAAGUCAUAGAUAUCGAGUAAUCGAUAUCGCUGUAAGUAAUAGGGGACCGUUUUAUCUCUUAACAGACUCUAGCGACGGAAUUGUUCUUCUCCAUCGUGAUCGGAAAUGGACAUUUAAUAGUUUUCUGCCAAAAUCAAAACUUGGGGGAACCCCGACCGCAGUGGUCUGUAUUAAGUCCCCAAAGCUGCGACUUAUGUUUGCAGUUUCUUACGGCUCCAUAUGCAAGAAAACGAAGCUGCUAUUUUUCGAUUUAAUCGAAAAUGCUUCGGGAGCAGACGCGAGCGACUUCGAGCCGUGAAUUAACAUAAACUUGUUCAGAAUGUAUAAUUAUUGUUCAUUGCUUAACAACAACAAAAUAGUUAAAACAUUAUUGUCUUUAUAAUAGAUCGUGUUAAUUCAAAUGCUAUUGAUAUCGAAACCUUUUUACAAAGUUAAAUAUAUGUUUAAUGUACACAUGACCUGCUAUUAUAUAAUGUGUUCUUACUUCACUGUGGCUAUGAUAUAGGUAUAUACACUAUGCAAUGCGAACAGUAUACAUUGACACCAUUAAUUAACAAUGUAAAAGUACCUAUAGCCCAUUCAUUUGAAUUGCAUGUGUGUGUGUGUUAUAUCAUAUGGUUGAAUCAAAAUUACUUUUGCAGUAUUGUUGUCUACCACUCAGUAAACCAACUGUCUGGUCUUCGGUUAGAUGGCUAUUAACACACGUGAGUUAACACCAUAGUGGUUGAAUGUGUUUUAUAUUGAUAUAUGUUUGCAUGUUUAUAUUGUCAUGCGUAUGAUGGCAUACGCUCAUGCUCCAGGUAAAAUGCUAUAUGUCUAUGGUCCUUUCCAUGUUAAAUAGUUAUGUUCUAUAAAAUGUAUAAUGUUUACGCAAUAAAUACAUGGUUUGGU